GCUUCCGGAAUCAGUGAGAAAUCUGGCUUUAACGCUAAAGGCACAAAUCAAACAAGGUCGGCAUUAUCAGUGAUGCUGCUCCAGAAUUCCACAAAACCCAAGACUCCAGGACAACCUUAGGACAUGGAUAAUAGGACACAGAGCACCGAAACAGGUUAUCCAGGCAGUGAGACGAACGAGCAAGAUCACGGAGAGAUACUCACACGAGCAGCGCCAGAGCCGGGUGGCGAAAUGCCAGAUUCUAGCACGAAUCAGACAAAAUGGCGUUCCUUCGAAUUUUGGUUUGUGGCGGGUAGCUUACUGUUCAUACCAUACAAUUAUGUUAUGGACAUAAAAACCAUCAUCGACUACUUCAGGCAGGGGGAAACUGUUCUCUUAUGUUUUUACCUUUUUUGGACUGCGCUGCCAACCAUAUCCAUCCACCUCUUCAUCUUUAUAAGGAUCAGAUCGAACUGCUCUCAAUUUCUGUCCUUUUUGAUCUCACCUUGGCUACUCUCGUUCAAGUACCUUCAAGUCUAUGGACAAAGCACACCCAAAAAGGCUGUCAUUGAAAGAACCAGAACAGUCAUGACAGUUGUCCAAUGUCUGUUUAAGGCAAUUCCUCAGCUGUGCAUCCAGAGCGCUGCUUGGUGGACUGGCUAUCAAGUAGACUCACCAAUCUUCUUUGAAGGCACUACAGAGACUACUAUGCAUAUGUUGUACAGGAUACAUUCGGUGGCGUUUAGUCUUCUGGCCGAUUUUUCUAACGAUAUGCCUUUCUAUUGGAGAUUCGUCAACUGGAUCCCUGUGGCUCUAGUCUUUGGUGCCCGCGUAUUCGUGCUCACGUCGCUCUUCUCUCUGCAAGACUCCUGGCGGUGGACUUGUUUCAUUCCUCCUUUCCUCGGUUUCUUCGCGUCUUGGCUCCUCAGUGUCAGAACAGAUCAAAGGAGGGUCGCAGAGGCGUGUGCGAAGACCCUGCUCCUCCCACCCUCUGACGUGGCGGGCAUUGUCCCUUCCGCCUUGUACGUGGUCGUCUACGGAGCGGCUGUCCUUGCGGGCAAAGAUAGUACAUUUGUUGAAUUACUUAUUGUGCUGUUCAUUCACAGCGUCUCAGGAUGUUUGUGGGAAUACAUUUUAGAUAAAAAAUAUAAAGUUGACUAAAAUGAUAGUAAGAAGGGCACAUCAAGACCAUCCCUAUGUUGGGUUUCAGUCUUUCUGAUUUCUGUGCCGUCUAUUGAUGUUAAAAGCAUUGGUCUUAAUAUCAGUGACAUCAAAUUAUUUCAUAUGCUGAUAGAAUUACAUUAAAUUGAUGAUACAUUUUUUUUCUAAAUAGCACUGUGUCAUAUGAAACUGGAGAGUUUUGUGCUAAUGAAUAUUAUUUGAUUGUAAUGAAUCCUAUAUAAUCAAUUUAUUUAUAUGAUCUCUUUCUUCUUUCUCCCCCUCUCCUCUCCUGUCUCCAUUUCUGUCCCUCCACCUAUCUCUGUGUUUAAAUAUCUGUAUCUACAUCUUACUCUCUCUCUCUCUCUCUCUCUCUCUCUCUCUCUCUCUCCUCUCUCUCUCUCUCUC